UACAGCAUUAAUGAUUAAUGCUAAAAAAACACUUCCUAAAACAAAUGUGGGUACAUACAGUAGCUAAUGUAAAAAUGUAAAAAAAUUAAAAAAUGUAAAAAAAUAAAAGAUCAAGGCCAAGUGUAAAUAAAAUAUCACAUAAACACGAUAUAAACAGUAAUAGUCAUUCAUGAGUCCCAAUUUUUGAUUUUUAACAGGUGUAUAAUACCUUGUAUAUCAUUUUGAAGUAGUAAUUUUGCCCUCUGCAUUUCUCUCUGACCAACUGGCACCUGACACUGUUUUUCCAUAUAUCCUGUGAUUGAUCUUAAAAUCUAUAAUUCAAUGACAACUGGGCAAACUGCAUUUGUUCAGGAAGAUCAUAUGAUACACUUCCAAAGCUCCAGAACAGCUACAAUUGGAUCCUGCAGGGAAUUUGUUUUAUUAGCUGCUGUUUCCAAGGUCACAGUCCUUUCGAUCUCAAUCACUGUAUGAUGUAGCAUCAAGACUUCCCUUCUUUGCAUGAGUAAGAGCCUCUGUUUGCAGUGGCUGUUCUUGUUGUAAGUCAAUCAAAUGACUAGAAAGAGAUGCAAAAUGAUUACACAGACAUGCAAAACAUCCUCAAGGAGACACAAAAUGACUACAAAGAGGAAAAGGAAACAGACAGAACUAUUAAACAUAUAAAAAAUGACUACAAAGAGAUGUAAAAUGACCUCAAGUGGCACUAAAACACUACAGAGAUUUUAAAAAAAAAAAGUUCCAUUGAGACACAAAAUGACCACAAAGGGAUGCAAAACGAUCUCGAAGAGGCACAAAAAGGUGAUAAAACGACCACAAAAAAUGGAAACAAGCUAACACAAAAACAACCACAAAUGAGAUGCAGACAUGCAAAACAACAGACAUAAAAAUACUAAAAACACAAACAGCUACAGAUGCAAAAUGAUCACAUGGACACAAAGACAUGUAAAAAAAAAAAAAAAAAAUUUUAAAAAGCCAUAAUGUGAUGCAAAAUGGCAAAAAAAAAAUACAGAAUGACUACAGAUGUGUUGUUUGUCUCUUUCAAUCUGGGGGUCUUGCUCUUUUGUAUGAAAGGUUGGGGGGCCUUUUAUGACUAUCUUUGCCCAGGGGCCCAGAGUUUCAUAAUCCGUCCAUGCUUCUUUGACCCUCUAAUUGCAUAUUUCAGAUCAUGAAUAAUCCUAAACCAUAAGUGUCCGCAGACUUAAGGCCGUGUAGUGUGUGUGAAGUCUGGUACGACCAGCAUGUUAUCACUGAUGGUACUAAAAGGAGGAAGCCAGGGUCAUGAUUGCUAAAGUCAGUUAUACAUCAAAGAUAGUCAGUUAACAGCUACGUAGACGCUUUCUCCUGCGGUGACUUAUUGUUGUUAAUUAAUCUUAUCCGCCUCCUGAAACCACCAAUAGUUGACAUUUUGGUUAUUUCCACCAUAUUUAGGUCCAUUUGCUAACAUUGCAGACCGUUGGCGUUGUUGUAGCACCGCGUGAGUAAAGAUCUCAUUUCAGUGACGUCGCCUGAAAACGAUCCAAUCAGACCGUUGAAUGCAAACGACCGUUAAUGACGUUACUACCGUUUUUUCCCUUUUUUUCCCCCCACCCUCUCGUCGGCCACCAUUUUGGGAGUCAAAACACCCAACAAACAGCAGCGCACACCUCCACGCUUCUCCGUGGCCUUACUAUGGUUCACACAUGUGUGGUGGCAGGCUGUAGGAACAGAAGGACCCCAGGCACCACCUUAUCUUUCUACCGUUUCCCGCGGGACCCCGAGAGGAAGCAGCGCUGGAUAGCUGCUGUGAACCGAGAGGGCUGGGUGCCGAACGACGGCAGUCGGCUGUGUAGUACUCACUUCAUCUCAGGUAAACAGGUGAAGAAUCCGCGUUCGCCAGAUUAUGUUCCUUCUGUGUUCACGACAGCUCCCUUGUCCCCAGAGAUGAAGGAGCCAGGUGCCUUAGAGAUCCUGGACAAGCAGGAAGCACGCGUGGAGGCGGCCAAUGCUUUGUUGUUCCUGCAGGGCCAGGGCAGGUCUGCGGUGGGGGAACGGGGCCAGGAAGAGCAUCCCGAGGAGAGAGAGCAGGAGGCCAUCGUUGAGGAAAGUGCAUCAUCUUCCAUCAGCACCGAUGAAGACGAUGAGGAUGAUGAUGAAUCUGUGAGUGACAGCAAGAAAGGAAAGUUCGCUCAGACGUCGGAUGCACCGGUUAACUUUGAUGACAUCCUGAAAGCCCUGAAGAAGGAAAACCAGGCCCUCAGGGAGUCUGUGGAGAAAAUGUCCCUCUCUGAGAACUCCUUGAGGAAUGAUGCAGAGAAAGUUAAGUUUUACACUGGUUUACCCAACUACUUUGUGUUAGAGACAGUCAUGUGGCUGCUGGCACCUCACAUGGACGGGAUGAAGAACGUGAAGCUCUCCAAGUUCCAGCAGCUGCUGCUGACACUGAUGCGACUUCGUCUGGACCUCCGCAAUCAAGACCUGGCCUACCGCUUUGGCGUGAAGGUCGGCAGCGUCACCAGAACAGUGCACCGGAUGGUCAACAUCAUGUCCUCCACUCUGGUGCCGACAGCCGUCUUUUGGCCCUCUAGGGCUGAGCUCCGGAAAAACCUGCCGGCAGCUCUGCACACCUCCCACCCUGACUGCGCUGUUAUCAUAGACUGUUUCACGGUGCCUUUUGAGGAGCCGGUUUCCCGGGGCAACCAGCAGCAGCAACAGCAGCAGCAGCGGGUGUUGUCAACGUCUCAGGGGACGGGGACAAGUUAUAAUGUGUUGAAGUAUCUGAUUGGUGUGGCUCCACAAGGUGUUGUCACCUUCGUGUCCAGGGGCGUGCUGGGAAACGUCAGUGACAAGAGCCUCGCUGAGGGCUGCGGAUUUCUGUGCAAGCUUCUCCCAGGCGACAUCGUAUUGGCGAGUCGCAAUCUCGACAUUGCUGAUUCUGUGGCUGCCCGCGGAGCCCUGUUUAAAAUUGCUGGCAGCUACCAAGGAGAGGCGAACGGGAGCCCGGAGGGCUCAUCGCUGGCUGACACUUCCUCUGAGACAGUGAGCGUGCAGAGGCAUGUGGAGAGGGUGAUCUCCAUGGUGAAGCAGAGGUACGCCAUGCUCACUGGCCCUGUCGAGAGCCCCUUCACCACAGCCUCCGAGCGCACGUCGAACCUCUCCACCUUUGAUAAGAUUGUGCAAGUUGCCUGUGCCUUAAACAACCUGUGUAUCUCUGCUGCUCCACUAGAGUGAUUCAUACAGAAAUACCUAGUGCUCCUUAAUACUGGUCAGGCACUUAAGUUCCCUUUACUGCUUUGGACCUUAUUCCAUGUUCUUCCACUACAUCCCUGUGUCAACACUACAUGAUUACUACAGAACAUUCGUUUAUACUUACACAUGUUUAUUUCUCACUUGAUAUGUAUGUGACUCCCUGUUAUCUAGGCCAGUUUAUACUUGGAGCACUUCUCCCAGAUCCAGAAACCACAUUGCUAAGAUGUGAUGUCAUUAAGUUAUGCAACUCAACUGACAAAGAAUCGCAGUAAAGGGCGUUUUUUUUUUAUUUUUAUUUUUUUAUUUAGGCUUUGAAUGACAGCUGUGUGAGUAAAAUGUAUCUUUAAAUUCGUCUUCAUUAGCCAUUUGUAAAUACUGAGGUACAUAAACUUCAGUUUAGGUGGUGCAGGCAAUGUUCCCACUAAGCCAGUCCUGUGCCAUGCAAGAGUCUGCAAGUUUUUUUCAUUCCCAGCAAACACGACAGCAGCUGACUUUACUGAUUAUUUUCUCCCUCGGUUGCAGAAAGAGAGGUUGUCGGUUAAACCAGCUGUUUUGUCGCUUCCCUGCUUAUGAAUCAAGAACAGUACACACAAUACAAAAAGAAUAAAACAUGUAAAGUAACAAGAAUAGCAUGCUUAGUAAUGCGUCUCUUAGAUAAGAGUUUCUCCUGCCUGUUCCUCUUGCAGGGACAGAAACAUGUCACGAUUAAUGAGGGUUUCGAUGGAUUCCUGGGAUUAAACUAACUGUAUUUUGGCAUUUCCGCACAUUUUUGCCAGCCAGCUAGAGUUUUUAACAAUAGAAUACAAUCACCACAGGAUGAUGAGUCUGGUGUUAAUUUAUGUGUGCUGUGUUUUCUGGCUUGGACACACAGCUCAUUCCUCUGGGUUUUCAGCAGCCUCCUCCUGGCUGACCACACAUGUUGGAAUGGCAGAUGUCCUCUUCAACAGGGACUCAUUGGUAGUGAUGAUUUUCACGCAGAAUAAACAGCCCUCCCUGCAGAAACUUCCUGACACGGACCAAAAAAAGAUAAACAGUUUUCACCACAGGUCAGGAUUUACUAUAAUACACCAGUGGUGUCAGGCCAGGUGGACGCUUGUCCGCUCCAGCCUUGGCUGUACGAUUAACAAUGAUGUCAAUAUUUACCACGCCACACUAGUGUUUAACAACAUUUGUGCUGGUAACGUUUUUUGUUUUUUUUAAAAUAUUCAAAUACAGUGUUUUCUCCAAAAUGGCUAAGCCUUCAUACUCAAUACAAAGUUUGACAUUUCUGUAAAUGUUUCUUUUGCUGGCGAGGAAGGAAAGAAGAGAGCUGUUCCCCGUGUUUCCAGGUUCAUUUCAGGGAGCAGGACAAACUCAUGAUGUGGCUACCACCAGUUCACAAAGGCAAAUCUUCAUAGGCGGACAUGUGUGUACUGAAAUUAAGCGCUGUUCUCGUUUACAUGCUUCUGCAGUUCUUUCCAGUCACACUGAAUCAAAGGAUCAUUACAAGUGAUUGGAAGAAAUGCGUUGUGAAAGGACAGAUUUACCCAGAGGCCACCAGUGUUGGUUCUGUGUUAGACACUGAAGCGCUGUUGACGAGGUUUAAUUAACAGUUUGUUCAGCUGAGCAUGUCGGCUUCAGAAACUCGGAGAAUGUACAUUUUAAUUUGUGACAGAUUAAUUCUCAUCGGCUUUGUUCAGCGGCCUCUGUUCUAAUUGAUUGUAACCAUGUUGAAACCUUGAGUACAUACCACAGAAAUGUUUCUGUUAUAGGCUGCAGGCUGUUUUCAAGGGAAGGUUACCAGCCACUGAAAUGCGUUUUUGGUGUUUUUUAAUAGCUGUCGGUUUAAGAGCAGAUAUGGGUUUACAUGUAGUCAUAUAAACUGUUUUGAUAUACUGUAUAUCAUCAUUUACCUGCGUGAAAUAAGACCCUGCUUAUUGAAAUGCGUCUUCUGUUGUCCUGCAUUGCUGGUGCCUUAGUUUAUAAAGCUGGUACUGCUGUUGCAAAUCAGCCUGCGUUUUUCUACGGAUAUUUAUUUUUGCAUCCUACAAUAUGCUUUAGACCCUUUUUCUGGUUUGGUUACUAAGCUAAAUGUGCGUAAACAGUCAGCGCUCAAGUAUAAAGCGUUACUCACUCAGCUCUGUGUGUGUGUACGUUAAGAAAUGUUCCCAUUCAUUUUUGUUGUGUAUUAUUCCUGCUUCCACCAUUUAAUGUGUAUUAAUUCCAAACGAUGUCAAGUAAUUAUACAUAGAUAUUAACGUAGCUCUUAAGAGAGAGGUUUUGAUGGAUUAAACAUUACAUCAGUGGUUCUUGUGCUUUGGCUCAGGGCCUAAAAUUAAUUGGAGGAGGUUUUUCUCACACAAUGGGAAGCUUGCUCCAACAACUGACACUAAACUGGCUCAGUUCUGGUGCCAGGCGGCCAGUUAAAGUGUGUUGGGUGCAGAUAGGCGUAAUGUGGGACCCCAAAGUGGAAUGUGCCUUCUGUUCUCGGGCGUCUGGAUGUCCUCCUCCUUGGACGGCUGUGUCUUUCCUGCUGUUGGGGUAAACUCAUGUUCUCUCCACCUGUGAUGUUUUUUUUUUUUUUUUUUUAAAUAUAAUUUGUGGUUGUCACUGCUAAUGUUAAGUCUUCGGUUCACUCCAAACAAAACCGAAACAUGAAAUGAAUCCACACGGCUAAAGAGUAUUUCAAAAAUUUAAAAAUGAUUAUUUCUUUAAGCCGUUGAAUCUUCAGUAAUACACGUGUUGAAGUCUUUGACUGUCCACACUGAUAUCUGCAAACAUGCUUGUUGGUUGAAGGAUGGAGAAGACGGUGUUUAUAGAGGAGAGUUGCUGCUAGACUGAAAGUAAUAAUUUGAAAGUGGCAUGGAUUACUAUGACACUGGAAUUUUAUUAUUUUAUUUAUUGCUGUUGCUGCUUCUGAAAGCUUGAAAUGAAGCACUUCCUGUAGAGGAUUGGUAUCAGGGGAGACCGGUCAACUACCAGUGUUGAUUCAGUUCAAUUCAGUUUUAUUAUUAUUUAUCAGUCUAGCACUGAAUCAUACCAUACAUUAUGUCAAGGCACUUUACAGAGUAAUCCUUGUAAUCCUCACAGUAUUACAGAGAGAAACCCGUCAUUUCCACCGUGAACAAACACUGUUGGUGACAACAGAACCAGACUCCUCCUGGACCAGUUCAGUUGUGAGGAGAGAAAUGGGGGGAGACAAGAGAGAGAGAGAGAGAGAGUAGGAACAGCUGUAUAUACUGAUGUAUUCAAGCGCUGUCAAACUGGUUGUUGUAAUGGUGAGAAUAAAAGUUCUACUUAUAUGUGUAAUAAUGUUAUUAAUAAUAACAGCAGCAACGAUAGCGGACCCAAUUAAUAUUAAAAUACAGGUUUCGGAUUUUUGCAGCUCCAGAGUCAGAGACCUACAGAAUGAGGACAGGGAGGAAAAGCACAAGCUACAGGAGAGAUGACACAAAGUUAAUGACAUGCCGUGGCUUGAUAUAAAUGCAUGGCGAGAGAAUGAGAGAAGUGCUCAGUGCAUCAUGGGAGUUCCCCCGGCAGCCUCGGCCUAUAGCAGCAUAAGUGAGGGAUGGUUCACGGCUCAGCUAAGCAUUUCACAGAGAUAUUGAGACGUCCUGAUUAUAAGGAAUUACAGUUGUCCAGUCUAGAGGGCUAGUUUUAGAGAUGGCUGUGCUCGAGACUUGUUAUGUGUGAAGUAAAGGACGUGUCCUGGUGAGAAAUUACUCUGAGGUUUCUUACAGUAAAACUGGAGGCCAAGAAAAUGUCAUUCAAAGUGACUAUAUGAUUAGAUGAUGUUUUUUCUGAAGUGAUUAAGGCCAAGAACUAUAACUUUUGUCUGAAUUUAAAAGUAAAAAAUUGCAGGAAAUCUGAGGCUUUAUGUCUUUAAGACAUGUCUGAAGUUUGAGUACCUGAUUAUGGCUUCAUAGAUAAAUACAGCUGCGUGGUUGAAAGAACACAAUCGUUCAUUUGGGUUUCAUAUGAGGGAGUGCGACUUUGGCCAGUGUUCAGUGGUUCACUUUUCAUUAGCUCCAACUCUAAAAUAAACAAAGCUUGUAAGUUGAGAUGGAUGAAAGAGACAAUCUGUGGUUAAAGUAAACCCACUAUUUUUUCUAAGCUAUCGAUGUUCGUUUCCCACCAUCACUACCCUUCUUUUACAAUGCUGUUUGCCUUUGUUGUUACGGGUGCAUGUGCUUCCAUGAUGUGUGACCUCUCAAGGUUUAAGUCCCUCAGUUUUUCUCCAUUAUUGCCUCUGUGACUGAAACAUUAAAGUUUGGGAAAUGCAA